AUGGCUUCUCGUUGUGCAUUCAACAACGGAAUCGGGGUUAUUCAUCCUUGGUUCUGGUGUUGCUGCUGCUGUUGCUGCUGCUCCUCCUCCUCAACGUAUCACUUCUCUCCCUGGUUUAAUGGUCCCAUUUCCUUUUCUCAAUAUUCGGGUUACGUUCCAGUGAGUAUCAAUUCCACCUAUGAAACGAGAUUUUUGUUUUAUUGGUUUGUUGAGUCGCAAAGUGCUCGUCCCAGUGAGGAUCCAGUGAUUUUGUGGUUGAAUGGUGGACCAGGUUGUAGCAGUUUGGAUGGAAUGGUCACAGAACAUGGUCCAUUUCUUCUCAACAAUGAUGGAAAAACUUUGAGAGCAAAUGAUUAUUCUUGGAAUAAGAGAGCAAAUAUCAUUUAUUUAGAAUCUCCCUUUGAAGUCGGAUAUAGUUUUACAACCAAUAAUAAUGAUCAUGUUUGGAAUGAUGUGAAAUCAGCAAAUGAUGUGUUACAAUUUUUAGCAAUUUUCUUCUCUGAAAUGUUUCCACAAUAUGUGAAAAAUCCAUUUUAUAUUGCUGCAGAAUCUUAUGGAGGACAUUAUGGGCCAACCACUGCUGUAGCAGUUUUACAUGCCAAUCAAAGAAAUCAAUUUCCAUUCAAAUUCAAUUUGAAAGGUUUCAUUGUCGCUAAUGGUAUCAUGGAUGAUCGAGAAGACACCAAUUCCAUUCCUCUCUUCAUGUAUCAACAUUCUCUCAUUUCCAAAUCAUCCUACGACGAUGGUUUAUCAAAAUGCAAAGGUGAUUUUUACAAGAAUCAAAAUUUACCAGAAUGUGCCAAUGUCAUUUCUCAAUACUACACGUCCAUUGUGGGUGUCAAUCCCUAUGAUAUUUAUGCAAACUGUGUGGGAGAUGUUGGACCAUUUGUUGACGAGAAAAGUGAUGAAUUUUCACAGAAAGAAGAAUCUUUUUUGGAAACUUUGAAACGUAAUGGAUGGAUGAAAGCUCUCACUCAAAGACCAUCCUUUAAGAACAGCAAUGUCAUCAUUCAUCCAUUGUUUGCACUGAGUACAACUCGUGUGGGAAGUGGUGCUCCUUGUCUUGCUUACAAGCCACAAGAAAAUUGGUUUAAUUUGAAUGAAGUGAAACAAGCACUUCAUGCCUCUCCAUUAAUUCCACAAGAUCAUCGUUGGCAAAUGUGUAAUGAUGUGGUGAAUGGUAAUUACAAUCGAACGUAUGAUAGUAUGAUUCCAUUCUAUCAGGAAUUGUUAUCGAAUGGCAUUCGAGGGUUGUUUUACUCGGGUGAUUGUGAUUUGGCUGUGAAUUCUCUUGGAUCUCAGAAUGGAAUUUAUGCAUUGAUGAAGGUGAUGAAUGGACAAAUUGUAAAACCCUAUCAAUCUUGGAUGAUGGAUAAACAGGUGGCUGGUUUUUAUCAAAUUUGGAGUGCUGGAUCCACCACCAUGACAUUUAAGACCAUUAAGGGAGCAGGACACAUGGUACCAAUGACUCGACCAAAACAAGCUCAAACAGUCUUGUAUGAUUUUAUUUUCAACAAUUAA